GGUGCCUGAUCGGUUCCGCAGAAAUGCAGUCCCUACUGUCCCUGUGCGCUGUGCAGGUGACCCGACACCAGGCUCUGGCGUGCCGGGCUCUGGCCUCCCUGCCUCGGGAGCUGUACCCGGCCUUAUUCCAGGCCGCCUUCAUGUAUGGCAGAACGCUGGUGCUGCAGGCACUGGUGCAGACGUGGCCCUACCCAUGCCUCAGCUUCCGGCAGCUGCUGCCCCAGCCCAAGCAGCUGGGCUGGCCCGAGCGGCCCCGUAAGGAGAGUGUGCAAGCCGUGAUCCUGGCGCUGCUCGCAGCGCCGCGCAGCAGGGAAUCUAGCAGCAGGAGGCCUCAGCUUCGAGUGUUGGACAUGACUGGCUUCCUGGAUGCCAGCUGUGGGCAGGACCCCACGACCAUGAGCAUGUGGGCUCGCUCAGUGGCUGUGGCAAGGACUUGUCUCAGUGCCCAGACUCAGGCCAGAGCAGCGCAACGCUUAGCCAAGCGCCGCAAGCUGGAGCCGCAGGUCCCUGUCACUAAUCCUGUGGAAGUGCACACUGACCUGCUGGUGAACCGAACUUCUUACAGCGUCCUGAAGGAGGCUCUCCAGACCAGUACUUGUGGCCCCCUUCGCCUUCGCUGCAGGGACCUUUGGGCUGAGGAACUCUCAGGUCCUAGCACUGUAGCUCUCUUGGAGCUGCUAGACCCAGUGUGCUUGCGCCAGGUAGACCUUCGCUUCAGUAACCUGGGACUUUCAGGCCUGUGUACUGUCGUGCCCCACAUGGCCAAGUUCACCCACCUGUUGAGCCUGAAGCUACAAUACAGCAAUGUGGAUGUGCGGAGGCUCACAGCUGAAGCAGAAAGCAGCUUCCAACACUUUGUUUCAGCAAUUGGCCAGCUGAGGUGCCUCAAGGAACUCAACAUGGGUUCCUCUAGACUCUCAGGCCGCCUUCAUCAGCUCCUUAGCAGCCUACAGGGCCCUCUGGAAAGCCUGGAACUUCCCUUCUGUGCCCUUCUCCCUGGGGACUUGAGUUACUUGGCCCAGAGCCCCCAUGCCACCCAUCUCAAGAAGCUGGACCUCAGUGGCAACAAACUAUCUGGUGACUUCCUGGGCCCCUUCCAGAGACUCCUGAGAGAAGCCUCAGCGUCCCUGCUGUGUCUGGAUGUCACAGAGUGCCAGCUCAUGGACGUCCACCUCGUCAGCACCUUGCCUACCCUCCGCUGCUGUACCCACCUCCGCUACCUUGGUCUCUAUGGGAACCCUCUUGCUAGUGCUGGAAUGAAGACCUUGAUUGAACACUCCCAGGCGUUUCGUGAGCUCCAGCUGGUUGUAUACCCAGUCCCUGUGGAUUGCUAUAAGGACCUGCCAUGGCCACCCUCUUCAGCCAACCUCCUAGAGGGUACUGUGGAUGAAGAGAAGCUGGCCAGUGUGCAAGCUGAGCUGCAGCAGUUGAUACGGGCCACACAGCACCAUGAUGUGCUGUGGACUGUGGACAUCUAUGGCCACAGCAGUUUUGACUACUUUAGCCUGUAGUAUAUGUGUAUUUAUGGGGUGGAGGGAAGGGGAGGAGUGGGGAGGGGAGGGAAAGUGUGGGGAGAAACACUAUUCUUCUGCUUUGCUGUUUAGAUGCAGGAUCAUCCCAAGGCAGUGAGUGCCUCCUCUGAGCUUUGGCAGAACCAGUAUGUGCUCCUGUAUGGGUUGUGUUAAGGGGGUUAUAGAUUUUCUAUGCCCUGUCCAUGCUGGACAUAAUGGCAGAAUUGUUCUAGGGCCUUUCUGGCUUUCAAGGAGGAGUGUUUUUUUUUUCCCCUCUGCUUUCCUGGAGAUAUUUAUUGUAAUAAACUCCAGGACCCAUGAGCACAAAACCUGAACUUUCAGUCACUCCCCUAGUGUUCUUCCCCACUCCCCUCCCCCCACCUGUCAUAGAUGAUUACAGACCACACCACCAAAAAUAAAGGCAAUACCAAUGUAAAGGUCUCCUCUGUUACAAACGGUCCCACCGAACCCAACCUCCCCUGUUCAGCGUUCCCUCAGCCCUAACCCCACUUCCCUCACUUCCAACCCAGUGCGUCUGAGGGGCAGGGUAACUGAUUUCCCUACUACUGCUUGGUGGGCCCAUACCCUGAGAGCUAAGGACAAUAAGGGAAGGGGGGAGGAACCUUCCCUGACCACC